GAAAUUUGUUUAGAAAUCACUGUGCAAAUGUCAAACUGUCAUUAACAAAAGAUCAAAAUAUAUUAUGUCAUAAUUAUUUUCUGUGAGAUACUAAAUAUUUUGUGCAGAAAUGAAGCACGAACACCUUUUAAGAAGUAAAUUAAAUGCUACAAACCAUCGACCUAGAGAAUGUGUUUCAGAAAGUAGCUUUUUAAGUGAUAAUUUUUGCUCUAUUAUUUUGGGAAAACCUGGUACUAAUUUAAUGAAGAAAAAAAUUCUUGCUGUUGGUGAGGCAGAUUUUAAUAAGAUCUUGAAUAAUAGGGAUGCGAGUUUACGUCAACAGCAAGUUCUAAUAUGUGAUGUUGAACAUGUUAGUGAUACAAAAUCCUCCAAACCAAACGAUGAUCUUUCGCCUAUAAAGAAUAAAGUAAUCAUUGAAAAAAAUAAAAAAAUAAAAGGUAUAAUUGAUUCUUCUGGUGUAAAUAACUCAAAUAACUAUAACCAGAAGACUUUAAAUAGAGGUUUAAAAACUAAAAAAGAACGUAAACAUAGAGACUUAGUUAAAGAUGGUUCAAAAUUUCAAAAUGUUAAUGACAUGCAAAACGAUACACGCAAAAAUGAUAAUAAUAAUAACAAUAAAUAUUCUGAAAUCGAUCGUUUAAAAUAUACAAGAAUUGAAGAAUCGUAUGAACCACUUAUAAAUGAUUCACAUGGUCACCCUAAUUUAGUAAAACCAAUAUCUGGAACUGAAACCAGAGAUAUAGAAUCCGAUUUGAAUGUUCGAAAUACCCUAACUUCUCAAAUGACUAGAUUAAAUAAUUCCCACGCUGAAGUAAUUGUUCCAGACAAAAUCAUCCACUCUAAAGAGCAAUUUGGAAAUAAUGAAAUUUUGUCUGAUAAUGAUUUAAAUCAAUAUAUUGACCAAGAUAAGUCUAAAAAAAGGAGUUAUGAAAAUAAUUUGACAGAAAAAACAGAUAUAGAAAAAGUCCGUAAAGAAGUUACAUUAUUACGAUCCCAACCUCCUUUACAUGAUUCUUUAAUAAAUACAUACGAGCCUGUUGCAUAUAAUGUGCCACCGACAUUUAAUAGUGUAGAUGUUGAAAAGGAGUAUCAAGGACAACAAAUUAAGACGGAUUCCCCGUAUAACCAAGGUUUAGCUCUGACAGCAGAUUCAAGACCGUGCUAUUGCGACACAAAUUCUCAAACCAGUCAUCCCUCAAUUUUAAAGCCAUCCCAACAACGGACUUUAAAUUCGGAAGUUGAUAAAUAUCCAGUGAAGGAAGCGAGGUCCAUGCGCUCUAAGAUAUUUGCAAAUAAACUUUCACAAACAUCAGACAGUAAUGUUACUAGAGAUAAUCACAUGACUGGAAGUCCCGUGGGCAGUCAUAAAAUGCCUUUAGUAGAUACCAGUAUUAAUACUUUAGAAAUUGAAUCUGUUGGUGUUCAAGCCACUGGGCAAGAUGUCACUGAAAUUUCAACUACCAAUUCUACUGAGAGUUUAACUUCUGAAGACAUUAUUUGUUAUAGACCCAUUCACAAUUUUUGUGGAUGCCAUAAUCGAAAGCAAAUUCGAAAAGCAGAACAACAUUUAGAUCGUGAACAUAUUUUGUCGCCUGAAUAUACGAUACCUGAAAAACAUGUUCCAAUUCAAAAUGUAGUAAGAUCAAAGAAUUUAAAAAAUCUUCCCAUUAAAACCAUUUGUCACAAAAGGUACCAUUUAGACAGAAAUACUGAUAGAAAACGAUAUAUCUUAUCACCACAAGAGGACUAUGAUUUUGCGAACGAAAUUUCACUUUCCAGAAAUCAGCCAGUAUCAAAAGGGAUUUUUAAAGAAACUUCUGAAAAUAUUAUUUAUUGUGAAAGUCCAAUACAAAAUAAUGGUUUAAAAAACAAUAUGUCUAACAGUUUUAAACAACCUAAUUUUUACAACAAGAAUAGUUUUUUGCCACAAAACAAUAAAACUAGGAACACUACGAAGGAACAUGCAUACCACAAUCCUAUUAUUCCCAAUGCAGAAAAUGCAAGGGGUGAUUAUUGUACGGGUACUUGUAGGUGUUGCGUAAAAAGAGGGGAUAUACCAGUAGUUCCUGUUCCACCACCUCUUGAAUAUGAUGUGUCUUGUUCAGAAGAUGACUUAGAUCUAGUAAUAGAAGAACAAAGCGAUCAAUUUUUCGACUCGGACGAUUCAGAACGCGUACUAUCAAGAUACAAUGAGCUUCCUUAUCAAAAUAGUAAUCAUUAUAUAAAUUUAGUACAAGAGCUGGAAGAGAAAUUACAAAGUCGAAACAAAUCAAGGGUACAAAGAACUUUACAGGAAUUUGAACGUAGAAGCAGGCUAAAUAAACCUUUAGAAAAACCAGUGAUAAACUAUGACGAAACUAGUGAAAGUGAAGAACCUUUAAUUAAAGCUAUAUCAGAGUUAGCAAAGAAACGAAACGAGGACCAUAAAAAUUUUCCAUGUAAAGGCAAAGCCUGUUGUACUUGUAUUUUACCAGCAGAAAAAAAUGAAAUUGAAAUAAAAUCCAACUAUUCAAAUAAUAAACCACGAAUCAAGACUCAAUCACAUUGGAAACAAGACGGUACAAAUGGAGCUUGGUAUCGAACAGCUAAAAACCUUCCAAAGCAUGUUAAUACUACAUCCUAUUCGACCAAUAAAUUUAGUCAUGACUGUGGGUGUUCUUGCACUUGUGGAAAAUAUCCUUAGCAGAUUUUUUCAAUUUAAUACAAUAUGUAUAGAAAGUAUUAGGAAUUCUUCCUAUCUUGUUUUAUUACGUUAAAAUGUACCGAUGAGAAUUUUUAAUUAAAAUUGGAUGACGUAG